GCCAGCGAGCGGCUCCUGGGCGUCAGUGAGUCAAAGUAAAAGGAAGCGAAGAAGUGAACUUUGGUUUGGAGCUGGCCGCAAGAUGCUGGUUAGGAAAUGACAGCUGUGCUGUCUGGUGUCGUCCAGGCGGUGACUGACUGACCGACCGAUGCCUUCAUGAUGCUGCGCUGCAGCGCCCUGGUCCUCGCCCUGGUCCUGGUCCUGGUCCUGGUCCUCGCCCUGCUGCCGUCCCGAGCCCGGGGCCUCCUGAGUCUCGCCGAGGACGACGGCGGCGACGGCGUCCCCGAAGAGUGGACCCUGCUGCACGUGGUCCAGGGCCACAUCGGGGCCGGGAACUACAGCUACCUGCGCCUCAACCACGACGGCAGGAUCAUCCUGCACAUGCGGAGCCUGAAGGGGGACGCGGACCUCUACGUCUCGGACAAAACCCUGAGGCCCAGCUUCGACACCUACAAGCUGCAGUCGGCCACCUGCGGCCAGGAUGUGGUGGUGGUCCCCGGGGACCUGGUCCGGCCCGUGGGCAUCGGCAUUUACGGCCAUCCGUCUCACAGAGAGAGCGAGUUCGAGAUGCGGGUGUUUUACGAUCAGGCGGUUCCCCACGACCCGUUCGAAAGGGGCCCGGACGCGUCGGAAGACGGAGACAAGAGAAGGACGUCGGCCCAGGCGACGGAGGACGAGGAGGACGACUAUCAGGAGGAGGAGUCGAUCUUUUGGACAAUUCUAAUUGGACUUUUGAAGAUUAUACUUGAGAUUUUGUUUUGAAAAUGGUUUUCCUUCGUUGCUGCUUAGCGACGCAAGGAGGAGGUUCUUCUUCUUUGAGGAGGAGAAUC